CUUAUUACUAUUCGAUAACAGCUGUUUGUUUUAAAAAGCUUUAAUUUUUGUAUAAUCAUGGCCACAAAAAGUACUAUUGAACAAGAACAGAUAAUAAAUGGAUUUAAUAAACUAAGAUCCGAUCAACGUACAUUGGCUAUUAAAGCAACUGAAUUGGAAUCGGACAUUAAAGAACAUGACAUUGUAAUAGAAGCUUUAGCAAAUAUCGAGUCAAAAAGAAAAUGUUACAGACAAAUUGGAGGCGUUUUGGUUGAAAGGACAGUGGGGGAAGUUUUACCAGCUCUUCAAGAUCACAAAAAUAAUAUAGUCCAAUUAGUUACCAAAUUAAAUGAACAGAUAGAAACCAAGGGAAAACAGAUAUUUGAAUAUCAAAAUAAACAUAAAAUUCAAAUCAGUACACUGGACAAAGAUUCACUAAUGCAAGCUAUUCCUAUUCAAACUUGAUAAUUAUUCAUGAUAUAUGUAUAUUCUAUAUGAUUAUCACAUUUUUAUAAUAAAAAAAUAUGUUCAGAUAAAUAAUAAUAUUAGAAACCUGAAUUACCAAUCAUAGAAUAUUUUAUAAAUUAGUUAUAAAAAAUUUAUUAACAUUAAAACAAAUUUAAAUGUCUAAAAACAUAUAUAUUAUAUCUUAUCUGAAUCAAAGACCUUCAUUGGCCAGCUUACAACUAAUAUUAUAUUUUCUAACGAGCCUGGGCUAGGCUUCGAUUUUUGGAAUUUUUUUAAUAGGUCAAGGUAGGGCACAAAAAUUUUAAUUUAGCUUAUUCAAAACAGUUAACCUAAAUGAAAGUAUUGCAGUUUUUUUCUUCUUCCAAUAACAAAUUUUUUGUAUUGCAAGCAAAAUUUUUGCCUAAAUAUGCUAAAAUAUUAUUUAUUUUCAUUGAAUAAAAUAAAUUAUAAUUUAAAAUUAUUAUUGGUUAGGCUUGGAAUUUUUUUUUAUUAAAUAUAGACAUAGGUCUAUAAACCUUUUUUAAACUGUGGGUCUGGGCAAGGCCUGAUCAAAAUAUCCAGGCCUGUGAGGGUGUUUGAUCUGGAUGUAAUUUUUAUCAUAAUAUUAUGCUAAUUUUUUAGACCGGAAAUAAAAAUUUAUCUUAUUCUUAAAA